AUGAAGACGUUUUCAAUACUUAUUACCAUUGCUUUUACGUUUCACAACACAUUUUCUGCAGAUGAGAAAUAUGACCAAAUUCCUGCAGAAACGGAAGAAGAACUAAUUCAGGCUCGCCAAAAUCUGCUUCCUAUAGGCGAAGAUCCACCUAUCCAGUCAAUUUACGAAAUAAAUGAAAAAUCGAAUUUGAGCAAAUACUUUUACCAAGGAGAUAUACUCCUUACAGCGCCGCAGGCUGUGAGAAUUGCUGAAAGGACAACUCCAAUUCGUCGCAAACGGCAAGCAUUUCGCGACGCAUAUUAUCCAGAUACCAUAUGGAACAACACCGUUUACUACUACUUUGAUGAUACAACCACUGUUGCAAUGAUCAAAGCUUUUCGAGCUGCGGCAGCGUUUUGGGAAAACAAUACUUGUCUUCGAUUCGAAGAAAACGAAAAGAGUCCCGACAGGAUUCGCGUUUUCAAGGGGGUAGGCUGCUGGUCCUACAUAGGCCGUAUAGGCGGUCGACAAGAUCUGUGCUUGGGAGAUGGAUGCGAAACCGCUGGAAUAGCUUCACAUGAACUUGGCCAUGCUCUAGGGUUCUUCCACACCCAGUCAAGACAUGACCGAGAUGAAAACAUAAAAGUUAUCAUUGAAAACAUAAAGCCUCAGUAUGUGGACCAGUUUGAUAAGGAAACUAAGGAGACCAAUUACAACUACGAUAUGCCUUAUGAUUACGGAAGUAUCAUGCAGUAUGGGCUGAAAAGCGCAUCAAAAAAUGAUGAACCUACUAUGUUAGCAUUAGAUGCACUCUACACAGAAGCUAUGGGAUCUGACAUAGUAGCCUUCUACGACAUUUCAAUGAUCAAUGAGCACUACGGCUGCAAAGAGAAGUGUAAAUCAUCAGGCACAGAAUGUCAUAAUGGAGGAUUUCCUAAUCCGAACAACUGCAAUAUUUGUAUAUGUCCAAGUGGUUACGGGGGCACGCUGUGCAACGAAAGGCCUCCUGGAUGCGGUGAAACUUUGAUAGCUGGACCAUCAUACAGCCAAAUGAUCAGUGUCGUUGGUGAUGGAUCAAAACGAAAAAAACUCUAUUUUUCUCAGUGUGCAUAUUGGAUUGAGGCUCCGGCGGAUAAGCAUGUCGAAGUCCGCUUUGAUAACUACAGAGGUUAUUACGGUGAUGGAUGCAUCUACGGUGGUGUUGAAAUAAAAUCACACCCAGACCAACUGCGAACAGGCUAUAGAUUCUGCUCUCCCUCUAACGAGGGUACAGUUCUUGUUUCACCUUCAAAUCGGUUACCCGUUAUCACAUUCAAUCGUUACUACAGAUCUCAUAUAACUCUUAGUUAUCGUUAUGUUGAUGAAGUUCCUGCAACAGAUCCUGCGACCACUCAAUCGGCUGACGAGAAGACGGCACCUCCAGACAUUACGACUCCUUCACCCAAUAUCGAAGACCCUUCAGCCACCACGGAAUCGAUUAAUCAAGAGACGGAUGUGUUACCUCCGAACCUCACAACUCCUUCACCUGAAAUCGAGGACCCCUCAGCUACCACGGAACUGAUUAAUCAAGAGACGGACGUAGUACCUCCAGACAUUGCAACUCCUUCACCUAUUAUCGAAGACCCUUCAGCCACCACGGAAUCGUCUGAACAGGGGACGGACGUAGCAAUCAUAGACACUGCUCCUCCAUCUGACCCUGAAGAUCCUCCGGCUACUAUGUUACCAACUGAACAGGCGACUGACGUGGCACCUGCGGACGUGACAACAUUUCCACCAAAUACGGAAGACCCUUCAGCUAUAACAGAAGUGGAUGACCAAGAAGAGUACGUGGAACCUACAGAAAACACACGUCCAGAACCUUUUGGCGUUGGUAACCUUAUGACGUCUGCAAAGCCGAUUGAUUCCUUAAUGACAACUCCAUUGUCUCCUAGCGCUGCCGAACUCCCAACUACUACGGGACCGUCAGUAUGCAUAGAUCUAUCCCCAGAUUGCAGCAUUCUCGCAUCACACGGGUACUGUCGCUUUCCAAGUAUACGUAUGCGAUGUUUAAAAUCUUGUAAAGUAUGUUAA